AUAAUCAGCAUGGCGAAGAAACCGUUGGAACUCGACGACAAAAUCCUAAUCGAAUUGAACGGUGGCCGAUGUGUUACGUGCGACUACAUUCGGGAAAGCAAAGAUGGAAUUGUCGUUAGAAAUAGCAAAGAAGCCGGAUCGGAAAAAAUCGCGCCAUACAACCAAACGUUCUACAAAACCGAAGUAAAAAGAGUACGCCUUAUCCAAAAAGCCACACCACCAGCAACACAGGACAAUGCGAUUCCGAGCACAAGUCAGCAACAGCAGAAUGUAUUGAGCGCCAACAACAACGCAACCGGAGCAAUACCAAAAUCACCUCAUGUCGAAACCGUUGUAAAUGGUACAGUCGUCAAAAAGGAGUUCAAUGAACGUGGCAUCGAAGAAAUCCAACAUCGUACACGGAACACCGUUCACAUUGCGCAGCACGAUGAUAAAUACCACAAUGCAAUCAAAGAUUUGAAACAACAAGAAAUCAUCGCCGUUCAUUCGGAAAGCAAGUUCGGCCGUCUCGAUAUGAAGCGACCAGUUCUAAGUAUCUCGACAACAGCAAACGUGUACAUUUUCGAUAUGCUGCGUCUCGGUGCGAUGAAAAAGGAAAUGAAAGAAGUGAUGUCAUCGGAUUUACCGCGGAAGGUGGUACACGGCUCUUCUGGACUGGCCGACUACUUACAACACAAGGAAAACUGCGCGUUGAACAAUGUAUUUGACACGUUGCUAGUGGAUUUCAACCUCAAAAAGUCGCAUGAAUAUAUCACUCUACCAGAAUGCUACAUGAAGUAUUUUGAGCUACCUGAUGAUUUCGUGCUGCAAAGUUUUGAUUACUCCGUUCGUCCACUCCCAAAGAACGCUUUAAUCCGAGCAGCGUUGAAUAGUAUACUGCUUAUGAAGCUGUACUGGCACAUGAACGACAUUCUGUUGAAGCCUAUCUUUACUGCAAGCAAGGAAUUCGCGAAAAUCUAUCCAAAUGUUGAACACCAAGUCGACUUGAUGAUGAUGUACAACAACAAAGAACACCCAGGAUCGGAAGAAAUCGAGCUGAACGCAAUGGAACAUCUAAAUACAGAACUUCAAUUGCUCGAUGUAAAACAAUGAGCAUUGAAUACCCAACUAACACUCGACCAUUUUUGCAUUAGUACAUGAACAUCACCAUUGAUUACAAAAUAACUAACGUUUAAUGUUUUUCACGUAAAUAUAAAGAAUUUUUUUUUUGUUUUUAAAUAUUCGAUAACAAAAUUUGAAUGAAGUAAUAAAAAUGAAUUUAUCAACACCGAAUAAAGAAAGUAAGAAGAAAAAUAUAUUGAAAAGAAAAAAAUGAAUUAUGAAAUAGAAUUUCAUAUAAAAUGCAAUUAGAAUGUUCCAUUCGAAUAGCAUGUACAUUUUUUUACAAAUUUAAAUCAUAAAAUGAAUAAAUAUUAAACAGUAUGAACAUUGAAAAAUCGAAAUAAACCAUACAGAAUAGUUUGAAAGAAACACAACAAUGGCAAUUCAAGUUGCAUAAAUAAGAAACAUUUCUUCACAAUCAUUGAAUAGUCAUAGAAUUGAACGACAGAAUAAUUGACAAUUUGAACCAUGUAUUUAUUAAUACAUCAUCAUUUUGAUUUUGACAUAUACAUAUUUUUGUCAUCUCAGCGAUCGCUAUAUUUUUCGCAUCGAAGCAUUUUAUUUUAAAUUCACUAUUAGAUCCCAUACAAAGCAAAAUUGGGGCGGUUAUCCCAGCAGUAGUUUCAUUGCACGUAACACUUGGAUUAAUCUUAUAGCAUUUCAGUGAAGAAUGUUCAAAAGCAAGGAUAAAGAAUAUAAAAACCAAAAGUUCCAUUAGACUGACGGUAUUUGUAAUAUAUAUCAUAGGAAAUUUGAGCAGAAAAUAUAGAGUAAGAUAUAUAAUGAGUGAAAUUGAACAAAUAAAUAAACAGUGAAUGCAAAUAAUAAAUCGAACAAACCCAGAAUCGUAAAAACCAGUAAAA